GGCGGCGGCGUCCGGGACAGCGGCCCGCGGCCGGCACGUCGCUUCCUCCCUCCGCUGCGCCCCGGGGACCCUCCGUGCGGCCCGUGCGCCCGCCCCCCGAGAGGUACCUCGCCGCAGCCUGCAAGGGGCGCGUUGCUGGAAGCAUCAGUGUCUGCUCCCAGGUAAUUGAUCGCACAGCAGCCGGGGACUCUGGUCCGUGGUCCCGGAGAGGAAGCGUCAUGCAGAACCCAAAGGCCAUCGCUGCGCAGCUGGAAGAAUGCGUGCAGGGGCUGGACCGGCUCUGGCUGGAGGCCCGGGACGUGUCACAGGAGGACCAGAGCGGGGGACAGGGGUGGCAAGCUUGGCUCCCCGGCGAGUUGCGGAAGCUGGUCCAGGAGGCCAAGGAGAUGCGGUGGCCCUUCGUGCCCGAGAAGUGGCAGUACAAGCAGGCCGUGGGCCCGGAGGACAAAACCAACCUGCAGGACGUGAUCGGGGCCGGCCUGCAGCACUUACUGGCAGCCCUGAAAGCCAGCAUCGAGGCCGGGGACAGCGCCACGGCGGCCGCCAUCGUGUUCCUGAGUGACCGUUUCCUGUACGGGCUGGACCUGUCAGCGCCGCUGCUGCAGGUGGCGAGGGGCCUGCACCGGUGGCGGCCGGCCACCCCCCUCGCCCCGCAGGUGGUCAUCCGCCAGGCCCGGCUGGCCGUGCAUGGCCUGCUGAAGGACUGGGACCACCACCUGCUCUCAGCGGCCGAAGCCUGCAAGCUGGCGGCUGCCUUCAGCCCCUACACGCCCCUCUUCGUGCUCUCGGCCAUGAAUAUCCGCGGCGCCUGCCUGCUGUCCUACAGCAGUGCCCACGAAUGCCCUCCGGAGAAGCGGGGUCAGUACCUGGGCGAAGCCCGAGAGGCCUUCGGGAUCGGCCUGCUCACGAGGAGAGGCGACCGGGAGCCAGCCACGGGCAAACAGGAGCUGCACAGUUUCCUCAAGGCCGCGUUCGGGCUCACCGCGGUGCACCGGCGCCUGCACGGGGACACGGAGCCGGUCCGCGCCGCGGGUGGGCUGUGCAGAGAAGCGCUGGAGAAGCUGCACGCGCUCAGCUCGGCCCCCGGGAGCCCGGGGGAAGCCCGGCUGGCAGGGGACAUCCUGGCGGCCGUCAGCCAGGUGCAGGAGCGUUGGCGAGUCCAGAGCUUCGCCAGUGCAGACAGCCACUCCUACGUGCCGGAGAGUUUCCAGCGCGGCCCGGAGCAGCUGCUGAUGCUCGAGCAAGUGGACUUCCAGGAAGUGCUCCACGCCCACGCCCAGCACCACGCGGCCGUGUGCCAAGUCGUCGGGCGUCCGUGUGGCCGCAGCGCAGAGGGACGCGGCGGGCCGAAGGCGGGAGCGUGUGUCACGGCCCUGGACACGGACACCAGCACCGCGGCCCCGGAAGAAGAGCCGCGGUCCGGGGAAGGUCCAGGGCUGGUGGGCAGCCCUGUCGCUCUGGGGGCUGCGGAGGGUGGGGCGCCACGGCCCCCCGAGCCCAGCGGCGGAGGGAGGGAGGCUCUGAGCAGCUCCUGGAGCACGCUGUCCGGGAUCGCGUCCACCAGCAGCUGGGAAGAGGUGGGUCAUCCCGUGGAUGAGCCGCCCGCCCCGGAGGGGUCUGGCCCCCUGGCCAGGUCAGCGCCGCGGGAGGAUGGGCCACACGGGGUCCAGCCCACGUGGCCCACCGAGCUGCUGGAUCUGGAUGCGUCCUGGGCUGCUCCCGCGGCAGAGGCCACGGCGGGCUCCGGGGAUGCGUCUGCGCCCCCCAGACCCUCCUGUGGGCCCGCGACCCCCUGGGCUCCGGCUCCGUCUAGCCCGCCCCAAGACCCCGCGGCUUCUUCCUUCCAAGAGGAGGAGACCUUCGAAAUCCUCGGGGAGGUUCCAGAGAUCUCCUGCGAGGCCAGAGGCACCCAGAGCUCCAGCCCCUCCUGCAGGCCCCCCUCGGGCUGGGUGGACCCCGAAGCGGAAACCGCAGAAAGCACGGCGGACCCUCCCGGCGACCGUCCAGGGCUGGUGGGCAGCCCUGUCGCUCUAGGCCGGCCUGCUGGGCUCCCCGAGUCAGGGGUCGGCGCUGGCCGGGUCCCUGGCGCCCCAGGAACGGAUGCAAACAGGGGCUCCCACCGGCCCUAUGCUCCACGGGCGCCCGGAGGGGGCUCUAGAGCCCCCCAGGCCUGGGCACGCCCCUGCACCCAGGCGCCGGGGGGGCUGGGCGAGGACUGCACGACCACCACCGAGGAAGGAAACUGCAGCCGGGCCGCGUGGCUGCGCCCCCCCGUGUUCUGCGGCAGCCCGGGGUCAGCGGUCAGUCCCGCGGCCUCCCCGCCCGGAUGGACGAGGCCCGAGGUGCUGGCGGCGCGCACGCUGCAGCCUGAGGACGUGGCACAGCUCCUGGCCGGGGUGCGACACGAGUGGCUGUACCGGAGGCUGGCAGGGACCGGCGUGUUCCAGCCCUGCCAGCUGCACCGCGCGCACGAUGCUCUUCUGUUCAAAUAUUCCAAGAAUUCCGAAUUGUGGACAGCGCAGGAAACGGUUGUUUAUUUGGGGGACUACCUGAAUGUGAAGAAGAAAGGCAGACAAAGAAACGCUUUUUGGGUUUACCAUCUCCAUCAGGAAGAAACUCUGGGGAGGUAUGUUGGGAAAGAAUAUAAGGAGCAGAAAGGCCUUUGGAGCCACUUCUCCGACGUGGAGCGGCAGAUGACCGCACAGCACUACGUGACGGAGUUUAACAAGAGGCUUUACGAGCAGAAGAUCCCCACCCAGAUUUUCUACAUCCCGUCCACAGUGUUGCUGAUUUUGGAGGGCAGGACGAUAAAGGGGUGUAUCAGUGCGGAACCUUACAUGCCAGGAGAAUUCGUGAAGUUGUCAAAUAACACGACUGUGGUGAAAACGGAGCACAAAGCCACGGAAUGUGGUUUGGCUUAUGGCCAUUUUUCUUACGAGUUUUCCAAUCACAAGGAGGUCGUGGUUGAUUUGCAAGGCUGGGUGACAGGAAACGGAAAGGGACUUAUCUACCUCACAGACCCCCAGAUUCACUCUGUGGAGCGGAAGGACGUCUCGACCAACUUUGGGAAGAGGGGCAUCUCCUACUUCUUUAACGACCAGCACGUGAACUGUAACGAAAUAUGCCACAGACUUGCUCUGACCCGACCAGCCAUCGACAAACACCAUUAGCUCUGGCCUCUGAGGUCAUGAGACAGACGCCUGGUGCAUCACCCAUGUGGUUCUGUGUUCUCUCCGACCCCGUGGGACACCUCACAGCACGUGUGUUGGAAACCAGGCCCCCGGGAGCAUGGGCAGGGCCUGCGGGCCAGUUCUGGCCAGUGAUUUGUGAGAAAAAUCAGCCACUCUCACUUCAUUUUGUUGUUUGUGUGGAGUCAUACCUGAUGGUGCUCAUGGGUUACUCCUGGCUCUGUGCUCAGGGAUCACUCCAGGUGAUCUCAGGGGACCAUCUGGAGUGGCAAGGCUUGAGCCCAGGUCAGUGUCAUUUAAGGCAAACACCCUCCCCACUGGACUAUCACUCUGGCCCCUAGGAGACCUUACAGAUUUGCUACCUUGGCUGCAGCUACUAAGAAUAUACAGGAAGCGUCGACUGCUUAGCUUGAGUCCUGCAGCUACAGGACCAUGGAAGAGACCCCCCCCCCCACUCACACCUACAUGGACAACAAAACCAGCUGGGAAAAAAAGAAAAACAUGACAGAGGACAUGGCUCAGAGGACCAGGGCAUAUGUUUUUGCAUGCAAGAGGCUCCGGUUUGAUCUCAGCACCACAUGGUCCCCUGGGGCACCCACUCCCCUCCCUCCCCGCCAAAAAAUCUUCAGUGACUUAAGGUCCCAUUCUUCAACCUCUUUCCCAAAAUCUCUAACACUUAAGCAACACCAGAUGUCACAGUAGCUAAAACUUAUAA